AUGCCCACCCCGAGCGGUGAUCCUCAGUCCCCAACUACCAUAUAUCCCGUCGACGCAGCCGUAUCUACACAUACCACCUGCCCCCCGGAGACUGACAGGCUUGCCACCUGGAGAGCAUCAUCGGAGGAGCGCAUUGAGCCCAAUGCUGACGAUGAUGUAUCGUCAGCCACUGUACCACGCCCGGCGCUGGCGCAAAUAGACCAGCCGCAAAAUGCACAUUCGCAAACUGUCCCUUCCCCUUCCCUAGGAAUCGAAAUAUCCCCGCAAUCAACUACCCGGACAAUGGACUCGACAGACCAUGAUGUUGCGAUGGAGUCGCCAAGCCCGGCGGCCAGCGUGUCGUCAUCAGAGGGAGCUUCAUCGGCGCAGACCUACCCAACUUCAUCCUCCACAUCCAGCACGACAUUAUCUAUGGACUACGCUUUCUCUAAUGUCAGACUCCUCCCCAAUCAUUGCUCGUCCUUCCUCAGAGCUGGCAGCAAAUUCGUCGGAACACAGCAGUCAGACCGCCAGAUAUACAAUGUGGACGUUGAAAUCAAACAUGUUGAUAUGGCAGAAUCAUACUUAUGUGGUUACCUCCGAAUUCAAGGACUCACCGAAGAUCACCCAACCCUUACCACCUACUUUGAAGCAGAAAUAAUCGGCACAAAAUACACCUUCCUAACUAAGCAUCAGUCGUGGGGCGCUACUGAUAAAACUGAUCUGCAACACUGGGCCCGGUUCCCAGCCUGGAGACCGCUAGCGAGGUCUGCUAGGAAGUCGGAAUUCACAUAUAAAAAUUUCACACAGCAUCCAGAUAUCUUCAUGAGAUGGAAAGAAUACUUUCUAAUAAAAGGGACUGUCAGUGGGAUAUACUUCCACGCAAAAAGCGAGAAGUACGUGCUUUAUAUUUCAAUUGUCUUUCCAUGCCGAAAAUUUGCAGUGGGUGCAGGACCUGGAUAA